AUGCCGCUGGUGAAGAGGAACAUCGAGCCCCGGCACCUGUGCCGGGGGGCGCUGCCCGACGGCGUCACCAGCGAGCUGGAGUGUGUCACCAACAGCACCCUGGCCGCCAUCAUCAAGCAGCUGGGCAGCCUCAGCAGGCACGCAGAGGACAUCUUCGGAGAGCUGUUCAACGAGGCCAACAGCUUCUACAUGCGGAUGAACUCGCUGCAGGAGAGGGUGGACCUGCUGGUCAUCAAGGUGACGCAGCUGGACUCCACCGUGGAGGAAGUUUCGCUGCAGGACAUCAACAUGAGGAAAGCCUUCAAGAGCUCCACGGUGCAGAACCAGCAGGUGGUGUCCCGCAACUCCAUCCCCAACCCGGUGAUGGAGAUGUACCAGCGCUGCGACAAACCGCCGCCGCUCAACAUCCUCACGCCCUACAGGGAUGACAAGAAGGACGGCCUCAAAUUCUACACCGACCCCUCCUACUUCUUCAACUUGUGGAAGGAGAAGAUGCUGCAGGCCACAGAAGACAAGAGGAAGGAGAAGCGCAGGCAGAAGGAGCAGCGCCUGGUGGAGGACUCCACCCGCGAGGUGAAGAAAGUGAGGAAGGCCCGCAACCGGCGCCUGGAGUGGAACAUGAUGGCGUAUGAUAAAGAGUUCCGGCCCGAUAACAGGUUCUCACCAUCCCCCUAUCACAUGGCGUCAUCGGAAGGAUCACUGUCCCCAGAUAAUAGAUCCUACGCCUCGGACGCUGCUGACCACUCCUACCCGGCCAGCCCCAACCACCCAGCGCAGCUGCUGGCCCCGGCAGCUCACCUGGCCCCGGCCGAGCACAAGGAGGGGGUGCUGGCGGCCCCCAACCCCCCCGAGCACGUGUUCCGGCCGGCCGCGGGCAGCCGGCAGAACAGCCUGACCCGCCUGCAGCAGCCCCACGCCCCGCCGCCCCCCGAGGCCGUCCUCAACGGGCCCAGACCACACCUGGUCAAGGAUUACGGCCCGCAGCCGGUGCCCAUGGCCGAGUACUUCGUGCCGCCGGCCCCGCCGCCGCCGCCGCCCGUCAUCCCGUCGGCGCAGACCGCCUUCGACAGCCCCAUCUCGGCUCCCCCCGCGCUGGCCCCCGGCUCGGCCGCAGCCCCGUCCUACGCCCCGUCCCCUCCGCCGGCGCCCCCCGGGCCGUACUCGGCGUCCCCGCCGCAGAGCGGCCCCAUGGGCCCCCCGGUGGCGCCGCCGCCGCCGCCGCCCGGGCCGCCCGCCGUGUCCGCCUCGCCCGCGCACUCCGCCUCGCCGCCCGCGCCCGCAGAGCCGCGCAAGCCGCAGGUGCCGCUGAUGCCCAUGAGCGACGCCCGCAGCGACCUGCUGGCAGCCAUCCGCAGGGGAAUCCAGCUCCGGAAAGUGCAGGAGCAGUGGGAGCAAGAGGCCAAAAAAGAGCCGGUGGGCAACGACGUGGCCACCAUCCUGUCGCGCCGGAUCGCGGUGGAGUACAGCGAGUCCGACGACGACUCCGAGCUGGACGAUAACGAGUGGUCGGACUGAGCGGCCCCGGGCUGGGCUGCCCCGGAGCUCCCGGCCCCUUCCAGGUGUGUAUCGGCACCGGCACCUUCCCCAGCGCCGCUGCCGGGGGCUCGGGGGCCCGCCCGGGCAGGAGCUUUGCUUUUACACUUUGUCAAAAACCCCUCGGGCAGCAGCAGCAGCACGGGUAGGAUACAGCGCGGAGGCAGUGAGACCAGGAAUUAGCAGCACCUUCACAGUUAAUGGCUUCCAAAAUUCUCUGAAGGCAGGUUUGACAGGAUUACUCCAGAUUUACACCUGGAGCAAGACCAGAGGCUGGCCCUGAGUGUGCUUUGGGAGAGAAGGGAGCCCCAGAGGCGGCAGUGCUCUGUCAGCUAAGUGUUAAUUGUGGUAACGAGGAGCUCCUGGAGAAGCCUUGUUUGCACAGCUGGUGCCACCACGGGAGCGCAGGGUGGCCCUGUGGGCUUGGGGACACUGCUGCUGGUGGUUUUGGGGUCAGGCAGCCCCAAAGGCUGGAGCUCCCUCCCUACCGAGCAGCACACCACCUUUAGCAGCAGUUACACCAUGGUGUUGUUGCUCCCUGGAAAACGAUGGAAUGCUUUGGGUUGGAAGGCACCUCUAAAGCCCAUCUAGUCCAGGUAGAACUGGGACACCUUGCACCAGACUGGGCUGCACGAGCAGCCCGAGGCGUUGGUGACCUUAGCCUGUAUCCACCCUCAGAGCUGGUUUU